CACCUUUCAAAAAAAAAAACAUUCAACUUUUUUGUUUCUACUUGUAAGUAUUAAACUACAAGUAGCAACUCUAUCAAACCAAACAGAAAUUUCAAAUACUAAAAAAAUCAAGAUCCUAUUCUAAGCUAGAAAGCAUGGCUGAGUUCAACCACAAAGAAUGGUGUGUCAAGCCUCAAAUCAGCACGAACACGAGGCGGUUUUCAGCAUCAAAUUGGAAGAGCUUCAGAGAAGAUGAAAGGUCUUUAAGAACAGCUACAACAAUUUCCAGCACUGUGUCAUCUCCUGGAUAUACUGCUACAGUAUUGUGGUUGGCAGACAAAAUUGAUCCUUCAACAUAUUCAUUCACAGCAGCCAUCAAAGGGUUGCAGAGACGAGGAGUGUGGUCGUGUGAAUACAUAGGUGGGCUGCAGUCAAAAUGGAGCGAUGCUGAGAAAUACAUAUCGAAUCCGCUUUCAGGCCAAGUGCCCGUGGAAUGCUUGUCGGCCAAAGCCUUAGGCGUCAGAUCCUUCAGCACUCUAACUAGUAACAGAAUCACCAUUUCCGCGCCACUCCAUUUUCAGACUUUCAAAAUCCAAGAGAAGAAGACUAGAGAUGUCGGAACACAGAGCGCGGAUGUUAGUGUUAGUGUUAGUGCACCAAACACUCCUUCCAUUCAAGAAACUUCGCCCCGAGGAGAAUCCGUAGAUUCCUCUCUUUCUACUCACAAACAGAUGCCACAACAAAAGGUGGGGGAGACAGAAAAUAAGGAGAAAGAAAUUAGAAAUACAGAACAAGGAAGAGAGAGGAAGAAGAAGGCAAUGAUGAUGUGUAGCCAAGAAGGGGGAAGAAGAAGAGGAGGAUGUUUGUCAUUUAAGGGUUUGUGGCAAAGAAGAAACAAGUGCAAUUGCAAACCCAAGAAAAACUACAAAACUCAUUCUUCCUCAUCACCAACCUUUCUAUAUCAUAUUAAUGCUUGUUACGAUGUUUAAUUUUAUUCUUUCUAUCACAUACAUUUUUAGACUCUCUGAUCCUUUAUUUUCAGAUAUAUAAUCAACUUGUUUGUUGGUGUUAAAUGGAAUAUAUGCCACAAUUUAAAAUCA